CUCCACUGGCCUAGGAAACCCACCCUGCCCCACCACGUUGAGCCUGGAAGGAAAGAGAGCCUCAUGCCUAAGCUGUGGAGAGCACCAUGGAUGUGACGAAGAUGGGCAUGAUCCAGCUGCAGAACCCCAGCCACCCCAGGAGGCUGCUGUGCAAGGCCAACCAGAUGCAGCUGACCAGGACGCUGUGUGAUGUGGUCAUCAUGGUGGACAGCCAGGAGUUCCACGCCCACAGGACUGUGCUGGCCUGCACCAGCAAGAUGUUUGAGAUCCUCUUCCUCCGCAACAGCCGGCACUGUACUCUGGACUUCCUCUUGCCAAAGACUUUCCAGCAGAUCCUGGAGUAUGCGUACACGGCCACGCUGCAAGCCAAGGCAGAGGACCUGGAUGACCUGCUGUAUGCGGCCGAGAUCUUGGAGAUUGAGUACCUGGAGGAGCAGUGCCUGAAGAUCCUGGAGACCAUCCAGGCCACAGAUGACAAUGACACGGAGGCCACCAUGGCGGAUGGUGGGGUGGAGGAGGAAGAGGACCAGAAGGCUCGGUACCUCAAGAACAUCUUCAUCUCGAAGCAUUCCAGCGAGGAGAGUGGGUACACCAGUGUGGCUGCGCAGAGCCUGCCCGGGCCCCUGGCGGACCAGAGCCCAUCAGUCUCCACCUCAUUUGGUCUUUCAGCAAUGAGUCCCACCAAGGCUUCAGUGGACAGUUUGAUGACCAUAGGACAGGCUCUCCUGCAGGGAACUCUUCAGCCAUCUGCAGGGCCUGAGGAGCCAACUCGCUGUGGUGGGAGACUCCCUGGGAUGGCCGAGGUGAAGACAGAGAUGAUGCAGGUGGAAGAGGUGCCCAGCCAGGACAGCCCUGGGCCAGCCGAGUCCAGCAUUUCAGGUGGCCUGGGGGACAAGGUCGGAAGGGGCAAAGAGGGGCCCGGGACCCCAACUCGGAGCAGUGUGAUUACCAGUGCGAGGGAGCUGCACUAUGGGUGUGAGGAGAGCACUGAGCAGCUGCCAACCCCUGCCAAGGCUGGCCAGGGUCCCCCAGGCUCACCAGAGCACCUGGCGCCCACAGCGGAGAAACAUCUGGGUAUGUACUCUGUGCUGCCCAACCACAAGGCUGAGACUGUGCAGAACAUGCCAUCGUCAAUGUCCUUCGGCCUCCCUGUGCAGCCUGCUCUAGCUGUCUCCAUGGACUUCAGCACCUAUGGGGGUCUUCUGCCACAGGGCUUCAUCCAGAGGGAGCUGUUCAGCAAGCUGGGUGAGCUGGCUGUGGGCAUGAAGUCGGAGAGCCAGGCCAUCGCGGAGCAGUGCAGUGUGUGUGGGGUGGAUCUUCCUGACAACGAGGCCAUGGAGCAGCACAGGGAGGGCCCACACCAGUCCCACCUCAUACCCCAGCCCAUGCUCCUGGCCCUGGCAGCCUGCCUCCAUAUCUGGCUGCUCCUGAGUCUUGGGGCCUGA